GACCCUUAUACAUCGUGGAUAUUGCAACUCUCAAUCUGCCCUGGUCUAUUGCCAACAAUGGCGCCCCAAAAGACGGUUGCGGAGGUGCCUCGUUCCCUUCUUCCCCGUCUUACUUGGAACGGCUCCUUUGCUCGGACGACAAUCGCACCGCCGACCAACGCGCUUCCCGCAAAGCGCCAACAACAGAAGCAGCAAUCGGUACACCCUUGGAAAAAAGAUGGGCAACAGCUACACAGUCGAAGCGGCCUUUCUUCCUUUGCUGUAACGCACUCUUUCGCAAUAAGGCAAAGUGCUUUGACGUUGGCGAUCGCAAAGCGGUCCGCCUUGGUUCGUCACAUAGUCAGCUGUCCAGAUGUACAACCCCUCGGUGAUCCUGUUCGUUACGACGGAGUAUAUGUCGCCGCAUUCAAGCCUGCUCGACGGGCCUUUCAUGCUUCUGCUUCACGACAAAGAGACCACCAUUUUGACACACUCAAGUUUGUUCAGCGUUUAAAGGCUGAAGGGUUCAGUGAGGAGCAGGCUGUGGCUAUGAUGAGGGUCUUGAAUGAUAUCAUUGAAGAAUCAAUCCAGAACCUCACCCGCACAAUGGUCCUUAGAGAAGACACCGAACGAUCGGCAUACACACAGAAAGUCGACUUUGCCAAGCUCCGCUCUGAAUUGCUUAAUGCCGACUCAACCGAAGCGCAACUCACACGCUCGUCGCAUGAAAAGAUUGCUGCAGACCUUGCGAAGCUCAACUCGCGCCUACGUGACGAGAUUGGACGCACACAGGCAUCGGUGCGCCUAGACCUAAACCUCGAGAAAGGCAGGAUUCGUGAAGAGGCAAACGGACAGGAAAUGCGGAUCAAGGAGACAGAAACACGGAUUGAGCAGGAAGUUGCGGGUCUAAGAGAGCGUGUGGAAGCAGUCAAGUUCUCCACUCUUCAAUGGCUCAUGGGUGUCUGCACUGGUACCGCUGCACUUAUUUUGGGUGCCUGGCGCCUUUUCAUGUGAGGUGCAUAUGGGGUUGCAUAAUUGCUACGCCAACCAAAGACAAAAGUCUGUACAGUAAAUCUGUAUUCAUCACAAUUUAUAUUCUUCAUUAUUAUAUAGUUUGACAGCGGCGUGCGUCUGUCC